AUGUCUUUCCGGACUCUAAUCGGAAAACUCUUUUCUCCCAACUAUUUGUUGGCCACAAAUGCUGUUUCGGGAACUGUCUUUCUAUUGGUCGGAGAUGCCGUUCAACAGACUCUCGAAAGACGUGUUUUGAGAACAGCGAAAACCACUGAUUUUGAUAAACAAAGAUUCGUCGCCAUGUCUUUCGGCGGACUUUAUUUCGGAAUUUUUGGCCAUUUUUGGUAUCUUUUUCUCGAUCGACGUUUUCCGCCCGCAAUUCGUCAUUCAUUGAGAAAUAAACUUCUUUGUGAAGCCGCCGUCGGUCCGCCAUUUGCUGCCACUCUCUUUUAUCUGGUCGGAACCGUUGAGCAGAAGUCGCCGCGUCACGUGACUGACCAGUUGCGCAGUAGUCUUCCGUUGUUGUGUGCCGCGGAUUGGUUGGUCUUCAUUCCCGUCCAAUUUCUCAAUUUCCGAUAUUUUGCGCCGAAAUUCCGUUUCGUUUUUGUUGCCGUUAUUUCUCUUUUUUACGACACUUUUCUGUCUUUUAUUUUACAUCAAUAAACUCGCGACAGAUGUCGCCAUUAGUUUCAUUCAAACAUUAAUUCAUUCAAAACAAU